GAUGUUGUCGGCAUACAACGUGAUUCGUAAAGAAGUAAAGAAAGCAUUCGACGUUCUUAAAGGAGUUUUUGCUGUUAAUAAACCUAAAAAUACGAGUUGUGAUGACGUUUUACGUAUAAUAACUCUUCAACUUAGUGAUGGAUUUUUUUGCUAUUAAUAAACUGAUAAUGGAUCAUUUAGAUAUUAAAUCCGAAGAAUUUUGGAUGAAAUGCACAACUCGGCAAUUCUAUCAACUAUUAGAAUCUGAAUAUUCAGAAUUAGGAUUAGAUUCCAGAAUUAGUAGUGAUUUUAAAUUUGCCGUAAGUUUAGGAAUUCAACAUAUCGAGGACGUGUGUAAAAUAUGUUCAAAAAAAUGUAAAAUAAUGUAUAGAAGUGAUAGAAAUUCAUGUGUUUUGCGAUGUCAUAACUGUAGGUAUAACAGUUCAGCCUUUGAUGGCACGUUUAAAGGAAAAUGUGGUAAAAUUUCAUGGGCAGCAAUAUUGUCAUUUAUAUGGCACUAUGUAGGAUUGGAAUGUACUUCAACAAAUUCUGCUGUUGCUGCAGGAAUUUCUAAGAAGGCGGCAGUUGAUUGGUGUAAUUAUAUACGUUUUGUAAUGCUUGUUGCUUUGUAUAAUAUGACUUCGUUCAAAAUUGGAGGUCCCGACAAAACAGUGGAAAUUGAUGAAACAGUUAUAUGUAAAAGAAAAUAUGAAAAAGGCCAUAAAUUAAAAAGUACCAAAUGGGUAGUUGGAGGUAUUUGUAGAGAAGACAACAGUUGCUUUAUUUGUCAAGUAAAUGACCGUUCAGAAACAACUCUCAACUGGAUAAUAUAUAAAUUUGUAAAUUCGGGAAGUGUAGUUAUCACUAAUGAAUGGAAAGGUUAUAACAACAUAGAUAAAUUGGAAGGAAUAAAUAUUGAACACAGAACAGUCAAUCAUUCAGAAAAUUUUGUGAACCUGACUACAGGAGUUCAUACCCAAAAUAUUAAAAGAUUAUGGGGUUAUUUAAAGAAUGAGAAAAAUUUGCCUAAACAUUAUACAGAGGAUCUUUCAGAUUCUUAUAUGUAUUCGUUCAUGUAUAAAAAGUUCUUGAAUUGGCCGUCAAAAAACCCUGGAGAAAGGUUUUAUAUUUUCAUUAAGCACUUACGUAAUAUAUAUCCCGGUUCUGGAAAAAUACCAAUAUGGAAAGAACCUGAGAGUGUACCUUCUCCUCCAGUAUCUAUAAAUAAGGAGAAAGGAAAAAAAGAAAAUGGAAAUAAAGGCAAAUUAACAGAUAAAAUGGAUAAAAAUAGGAAUGAUAAAAGAAAAUCUACUUGUAAAAAGGAGUCUACAUCGGAAAAAAUCAAACGUCAUAUAAAAGAAACUAGUGAUCAAUAAUGUAAGUAAUUUUAUUAUUUUGUAAUUUUAUAUAGUCUAUUUAAUAAAUAUUGAAAUAUUACCAAUCUCAUAAUUGAAGAAAGUAAAUCACGUAGCAUUAUUUUGAUUAAUUCUCAUUACAGAAUAGUAUUCAAAAUGGCAACAGGAAGCGCUGCCAUUUUGGCUACCUAAGAUUUUGGCUUUCCUCUUCAUGAUUUUGGAUUUAAACUUCAUCAUGGUGGAAUUUUGGAAUAUCCAGCAAGUGGUGUUUUAGUAUGUGGUCUUGGUAAAGCUGCAGAAAGUAAAAUGAAAUAUAUCUCGAAAGGAGAAAAGACAUACAACAUCACUAUUAAACUUGGUCAAGCUACUGAUACUCAAGACUUUCAUGGAAAAAUUAUUGAAGAAAAACCUUUUGGUAAGUACAUAUUUAUGUUUUUAAAGAUAUUAAUAAUAAGGCUAUUUGAUUACAAUAAAAAAUAUUUUAUAAGAAAAUAUAGUUACUUAGGCAUUGCCUAGGAAAAACAAUAUAAAAUUUGAAAGAGAAAC